AUACUCUCUCUCUCUCUCUCUCUCUCUAGACUCUAAGCGAUGAGAUGAUGGAUACAUCUUCGUAGUGUAGCGGUCAUAGCCGUUGGCGAGAAUUUCAGUUGCUUCUUCGUCUUCAUUUCCGAAGCGUUUCAGUUCUCCAUUCCAAAGUCUUCGUUGACUUACCCCAAUCUCUCCCUCGAUCUGAACGUUUCUUCUCGCUCUAAAUCCCUAGCCGGCAUCAGUUUCGCAGAGCGAUGCCUUUGAUCCGUCAUGCAUGAUGAGCGACUCCCAGAGUUCCGCCUCCUCUGACUCUGGUUCACUCCCCACCGCUCAACAGAAUGUUGUGCGGAGCCGCAGCGGAGAUUCGUCGUCGGCGGUUCUGGCCCUGGAGGGGUCGCGACACUGGCGGGACGUAUUUUGGUUGGGAGUGUUCGUGAUACAUAUGAUCGGGAUGGGGUUGAUCCUAGUGGUGCUGGGGCUCAAUAGGUUUAAGAAGAAGGACAGGCUUAAGAUUGAUAGGUACACAGUUGGGUUUCUGGAGCACCAGCCGGGCUUGACGGAGGAUUACUGGCCGUUCUACGCCGUUGCCGGCGGCGUCGGGACGGUUCUCGGGUGGAUUUGGUUGUCGUUGCUCGGUUCUCGCGCCAAUCAAAUGAUGAAAGUCGGGGUUCACAUCUUGACUACUUAUCUUGCUGUGAUUAGCGUGCUGUGUUUUUGGGGUGAACAGUUCUUCUGGGGCGUUGCGUUUGCGGUUGGGGCUGCAUUGCAGUUCUUGUACGUCCUAUCAAUUAUAGACAGACUUCCAUUCACCAUGUUGGUGCUGCAAGGAGCUGUUAAGAUGGUUUGGAAACUUCCUGAGGUUAUGAGAGUAUCAUGUGCAUUCAUGCUAGUCAUGCUUUUAUGGCUAGCUCUAUGGUCUUUUGGUGCAGCUGGUGUUGUGGCUUCAAGUUUGGGUGAUGGUGGACGUUGGUGGCUUCUUGUGGUGUUCUCUGUUAGUUUAUUUUGGACUGGUGCUGUUCUCUGUAACACUGUUCACGUUAUUGUGUCUGGAAUGGUUUUUCUUGUUCUCAUCCACGGUGGUCGAGAAGCUGCAUCAAUGCCUUCCAAGCCACUGAUGAAGUCUUUGCGAUAUGCAAUUACAACUUCUUUUGGUAGCAUCUGCUAUGGAUCACUUUUUACGGCUGCUAUUCGGACAUUGCGUUGGAAGAUUAGGGGAUUUAGGUCAAAGAUCGGCAACAAUGAGUGUUUACUCUGCUGUGUUGAUUUUCUGUUUCAUCUUGUGGAGACUCUUGUUCGAUUCUUCAACAAGUAUGCUUAUGUUCAGAUUGCAGUUUAUGGGAAAAGCUUUAAUCACUCGGCAAGAGAUGCAUGGGAGUUAUUUCAAUUAACUGGCGUGGAAGCACUCAUUGCCUAUGAUUGUUCAGGGGCUGUUCUACUGAUGUGUACGCUCUUGGGUGGGCUCAUUACUGGGACUUGCGCAGGAGCUUGGACUAGAAUUAAAUAUCCUGACCGAGUGAUUAUGGUGGGCUCUACUGCUAUGUUGAUGGGAAUGAUAUUGGUGGGACUCGCAAUGGUAGUGGUGGAAAGUGCCGUUACAUCUAUAUACAUAUGUUAUGCGGAAGAACCCUUAUUGAUUCAAAGAUGGGAUCCCCAGUUCUUCAACCAGAUGUCAGAGACUUUGCACCAGCGACUUCAACAUAGGAGUGCACGAUCCAGACACGUAUCGACUCAGAGUCGGCUUGAUGGCCACACAGAAAGCCCCUUUCCCAUUUGAAAAGUUCAGAGUUUUUAAAAGAUAGACGCACAGUGUAAUUGAUUCCAAUUUUCCCAAGUUCAUGCUGGUCCAUUUUUCCUGUAGUUCUGUGAGUUAUAACUUGUGGAAAUAGCCAUUCUUGGAGGUAAGCCAUGUCCAUUGACCUAGAGGUAAGACUUCAGAAUCAGAACAUUUACAAAGGAGCCUCCCUCCCUCGUUUGGAAUCCCCUCCUGUGCUUGGUUGUAAGUUGCCAACCCCAAGUGAGUCUUCAUCCAUUGAAAUUAUAAAUCAGUGAACAAUUGCUUUUUUACCCGUUUACUAUGCUUUUUGUCAACAUCCCAUGUCUGCUCGAGAUGCAGUUUCACGUGGGUAUAUAAAGUAUAGGGCAAGGUAUACCUAACGAUGAUUAGGGCAAGGUAUAUCAUCAGGAGAUUGUUUUUCUUUACUGUUGUUGUGGGCUUUACUGGAGAUGCUAAGAUAGUGCCAGCUAGGGUGGCUAGUCAAACCCAAUGAUAAUUUUGUAUGAAUCAUGUUACAUGUAUAUCAUUUUUGUACAUUUUGAGUUACACAAGCGGUAUUAUGAUCAAAAUACCCUGCGCCUCCAUGUGCCUCACGUGGUUCUAUGCAUUUUAUGAGGGAUAUUUUUGUCAUUAGUACACCUUUGUGUAGUCCAAGAUGUAUCAAUAACAUUAUUCAUUUUGUAUACUUAUGACACUAGGUAAUU